GCCAGGGACAGUUAUGGAGCUCAAACCAAGUGUGGCUUUGAGGGCUCUCCUUGCAGGUGGCAUAGCUAUUUUUGCAAAGGUGGGUGGGGCAAUGAAGGCUGCAGGUAGUGCCAAGGUGGGUGCAGCAGCAGCUGCUAUGUCUGCUGCUGCAACUGCAGCCGUUUCAGGAACCAAACGAGAAGAAAAGGACACCAACAAAGAGGCCACAAAGUGAAGCUUAUGCUGUUUUCAGCCUCAUCUUUCGGUCAUGGGGCCUGAAUGAGCUGCAUGCUUGCGGGAAUCAUCAUGCUCACUUGAGAAUUUGAGCGAUACAGUUUCACCGUAGGUAGAUGAAUGGAUUUGAAGCUAGAUCUUUGAGCAAGAGAACUUUUUAUUUCAGUUUUGCAAGCUGGUUUCAGGCCAAGUCUUGUCAACCUGGCCACUUCAUCAUAAUGUAAAAUUUGCAAUAGCUAUAACCUUUGACUGGGAUGAAAAGGCUGCAAUUGCAUAUAUCUGUCCAUGUUGUUUUAUCU